AUGUCUGAGAGUGAAGAGGCCAGUGAGUAUGUUUGUUCUAAAGAUGAGAGUUCCCAGACAGAGGGUUUUGUAGAAGGGCUUAUAGAAGCUAAGAUGGUAGUUCAUGAGGGUGAGAUGGCUGGGCCAUCAGUAGAGUCUGGGUCAGAGGCAUAUAGGGAGAUGCAGAAGAAGUAUAAAGUGUUAGAAGCCAGUGUUGAUCGGGUUCUAGCUUUGGCACAUACACCGGAGGUGGGCUCGAGCAAUCAGACAUCACCAUCAGAGUCUGUGGGUAUAGCCAUGGUUUCAGCUUCAGAGGGGGUGGACAUUCGGGUUGGUGUCCCGUUGGGGAAGCGGAAUACACUCACAGAAGCCAAGUUGGUUGAGCUUCGGACAGAUUAUAGUGUGCCAUCCUAUGUGGGCCUGAGGUUACCUAGUGCUGCGGAUGUGGUGAGAUAUCCUCCGGAGGGUUCAGUGAUGAUAUUCACCGAUAUGUACCAGCAUGGUCUCAGACUACCGUUUCAUCCUUGGGUACAGAUGAUGCUGGCCAAGUUGGGGUAUGCGCCGGGGCAAUACAAUCCCAACUUUUGGCUACUUCUGCAUGGAGUUUACAUUGCUUGGUGGUUGGUUGGGUUGGGGGAGCCAACAUUUGAGCAGUUUAUGUACUUGUAUUCGAUCUCCAAGCAACAGGGAACCUUUGGCUGGGUACAAGCCAAUUGCCGGAAGGCAAAGGAGAGAGGUUAUUUUAUUGGGCAUAAGCCGAGUACGCAGAAGUCUUGGCGGAACAGAUGGUGCUUGGCCUAUGGUGAUUGGGAGUGUCCUCCAGGGAAGACCGUCUCCAGACACAUUCCAACCCACUUCCAGUCGAUAGGUCCUUAG